AUGUCACGAGGAGGAGGGCAUGCACGAGAAUCUGGAAGAAUAAAAGAUUCUAAUCAAAGGCGAGUUCUAGAUGAAGCUACAAGAUUGAGAAGAGCAAAACAAGCAAUUGAAGCACUUGAUAAUGAUAACUUUCACGAUGACCCGCACGGUGAUUUAGUUGCUAAUAAGAAUGCACCUAAGUUUCAUGAUACACUUACGACUAGAGAAAGAAAGAAGAGAGGUACCAAAAGUGCUGAUUACUAUAAGUUCAAGUACAGGAGAACUCUGCCACAAAUGAUAGAAUAUGAAGCUGCAUGCCGACCUGAUGAGAGAUGUUUUAUCGAUGUUUCUGCACCGCCAUCAAAAUUGCCUAAACGACACUUAUGUGCCGUUUGUGGCUUCCCAGCACCUUACAGUUGUACCACAUGUGGUACAAGAUAUUGUUCCAUAAACUGUCAGAAGACGCACGCUGAAACGAGAUGUUUAAAAUGGACUGCUUAA